AUGGCUUUCUUUGUGAAAAGUAUGAUCAGUAACCAGGUGAAGAACUUGGGACUUGGUGGUGGGUCCGAGGAAAAAAGUGAAGAAGGCAAACCGUCCGACCCGGCGGCUGUUCACGGCAUGACCAGAGAGGAGUACGAGGAGUACCAGAAGCAGAUGAUAGAGGAGAAGAUGGAAAGAGACGCUGCAUUUACACAAAAAAAGGCAGAGAGGGCAUGCCUGAGAGUUCAUCUGCGAGAGAAAUACAGACUUCCAAAGAGUGAGAUGGACGAGAACCAAAUCCAGAUGGCUGGAGAUGACGUGGAUUUGCCCGAAGACCUCCGGAAGAUGGUGGACGAGGACCAGGAAGAGGAAGAAGACAAGGAUUCCAUUCUCGCCCAGUUGCAGAAUCUGCAGAACAUGGACUUGGACACCAUCAAGGAAAAGGCGCAGGCGACCUUCACGGAGAUCAAGCAGUCGGCAGAGCAGAAGUGCUCAGUGAUGUGA